GGAUAGCCAGGUACAGAUAGACUGACUAGAGAGUUGUGUCUUUUUGCUCUUCCAUUUCAGGGCAGUAGAACUGGCAUUCAAACAAGGCAAGCAGGAAGGGGAUGGAGCUCGCCAACGUCCCCCAUCUUGCCUCCUCCUCCAGCUUCUUCUUCUCCAGCUGCACCUGCAGAGUGUUAUGCUACAGGGGUAGAAGAACUGGGCCGGGGGCGAUAACUGUGUUUGCUGCUGGUAGUAGGUGCAGUGCUGAUUCUGCGUGUUCGGAGCCCAUUGAGCAGCAAAAUGUAGAUCCCCUUUCAGUGGCCUCAAGUCCUGCAAAUACCCACCGUUAUAGAAGGAGAGACUUUGCUGCUGUUGCUCUGCUCCCUUUUCUACUUCCUAAUGUUGAUAUGGCGAGUGCGGUUGAGCUAUAUGAUGGAUCAAUUAUUCAAAACGGCGUGAGGAAUGUUUUAACCAAGGUCAAAGCUGCUGGUGUCCUUCGUUUGGUUUUCCAUGAUGCAGGGACUUUUGAUGUUGGUGACAAAUCAGGUGGCAUGAAUGGCUCCAUAAUCUAUGAAGUUGACAGGCCUGAAAACACUGGACUAAGUAAACCUUUAAAGAUACUACGAAAAGCAAAAGAAGGAAUCGACCAGGUUCAGCAAGUGUCAUGGGCGGACUUGAUUGCAGUGGCUGGUGCCGAGGCAGUUGCACUUUGCGGAGGGCCUGAAAUUCCAGUAAGGCUAGGCCGAUUAGAUUCCAGCACUGCUGAUCCUGCUGGUAAACUCCCCGAGGAAACGUUGGAUAUAGUUGCCUUGAAAACAUCAUUCAGCAAAAAGGGCUUUUCGGUACAGGAGAUGGUCGUUUUAUCUGGAGCACACACAAUUGGGGGUAAAGGAUUCGGGAAUCCAAAUGGUUUUGAUAACACCUAUUUCAAAAUACUCCUCGAGAAGCCACAGCCGACUUCAUCCGGCAUGCCUAUAGGGCUACCCACGGAUUGGGCACUCACUAAAGAUGAUGAAUGCUUAAGAUGGAUCAAUAUCUAUGCGGAGGACCAGGAUAAAUUUUUCGCUGACUUCAGGGAUGCAUACACCAAGCUUGUAAAUAGCGGAGCCUCGUGGAGAACGGCUUAGUUCGAAUUAGCAAGUCCUCUUUUUGUCGAAAUUUAGGUGUCAUUCCGACCUCUGCAUCGGUUGAUGCACAAAACUGUGAAAUUACCAAGUCUGUAAAACUUUGCUCGCAGCAUCUGCUUGCGCAUUCUUUACUCUGCGCUGUAUAUUGAUGUGGCUCGUCUGGAGCUUUAGGAAAUUUACAGCAAACUAAAUUUUGUCUCU